CUUUUAAAAACAGAUUUCCAGGCCCAAUUCCCUGAAAUUCAAGGACCAAACAAGCCAUAGUUUGAUCAAGGGUUGAUUAAUCAGAAUAUUUAUAAUAAGGACUAAAAAUCAGAGCUUCAGUUUUUGCACCGAAUAUAUAAAUUCAAGCACUUUCAAAAACCCAUAUGAAUAUUUUUAGAAGACUUUCAAGGCCUUGAUUUUCCUCCCUGCUUAGAUUCACAGACGUUUAAGGAUUUCAAGCACCGGUGGGAUGACAAACUUUACUGGCCCGUCAUGAACGUUACAGUUUGAUGAUAAAUGUUCAAUUCGUUCAGACGUUUAUCGUCUUAAAGUUUUUCAUUCUUCGUUUCUUCUCUGCAGGUUUUCAUGAAACCUAAAAUAAACGUGUGUUCUCGUGUAAACAACCUUCGUCGUGGACGUGUGACUCAAGGCUCAGGCCACCUCACCACCCCGCCCUAACACCCACCUGACCCCGGGGGCAUCUGCCGUUAUGUAUCCCGUUAAAGAGUCCUGCAAACAAUUACAUAAUUACAAACACUUGCUGAAUGCGAGGGUUCAUCAGCUUACAGCGGGGGAUUUUGUUAAUUGGAUUAUCUGUAGAUUUAAACUCUGCAUUUAGGUUCAAGAAGUGGAAAUAAUCAGAGGCUGUCUGUGCAUCGGGUAUAAAAAGCUCACACGCCGUCUCUCGACACACAACAACAACCAGCACUCUGCACCGAAGACUUCCUGUGGCUUCAUCCUGCACUCGAGAAUGGACUCCCAAAUGUUCGCCCUGGUGCUGCUGGUUCUGGCCUGUGUGGAGCAGAGCCUGGCCUCCUGUAUGGUGGACAGCUUCACCGUCAAAGAGGACUUCGACCCCAAAAGAUAUUCAGGAAAGUGGUACGCUCUGCAGAAGAAGGAUCCCGAGGGUUUGUUCCUGCAGGACAACAUCUCUGCUGAGUACACUGUUGGAGACGACGGUGCCAUGGUUGCUUCCUCCAGAGGCAGAGUCACUCUUUUCGGGUUCUGGGUUGUCUGUGCCGACAUGGCAGCUCAGUACUCAGUCCCUGACCCCGGCACCCCCGGCAAGAUGUUCAUGAACUACCAGGGACUGGCCAGCUACCUGUCCAGCGGCGGUGACAACUACUGGAUCAUUGACACAGACUACGACAACUACGCCAUCACCUACGCCUGCCGCACCAUGAAGGAGGACGGAAGCUGCGAGGACGGUUACGCCCUGGUCUUCUCACGCAACCCCCGUGGCUUCGCCCCCGCCAUCCAGAGAGCCGUCCGCCAGAAACAGGAGGAAAUCUGCAUGGCAGGAGAGUUCCAGCCUGUGCUGCAGUCCGGAGCUUGCUGAACGUCUCCUGAGCUGGACUUUGUCGAGUCGCCCUCCAUCAUCGGUAAUCGCCAAAUGAAGACGGAGCUCCUCUCAAAAACACAAUCGGGAGAAUAAUCCAAUAAUCUUAAUCUCAUCGGAUAAAUCCAAUUCAACAACCCGUGAGAAAAUGUGCUUAACACCGCCCAGAUGAAACUGAAAUGUAAUACUGAUGGGUAACAUCUGCACCGUGUAAUCAUUCUGUACUGGUGGCAAUAAAUUUAUAAGGAAA